AUGUUCGACCAGGACCGCGUGAACUCGCGCCAUGGCGGCGGCGGCGUGCAGAGCAGCGAGCAGGCGAACGUCGACCGCCGCGAGCGCCUGCGCAAGCUCGCGCUCGAGACGGUGGACCUCAACAAGGACCCGUACUUCAUGCGGAACCACCUCGGCACCUACGAGUGCAAGCUCUGCCUGACGCUCCACAACACGGAGGGCAACUACCUCGCGCACACGCAGGGCAAGCGGCACCAGCAGAACCUCGCGCGGCGCGCGUUCAAGGAGGCGCGCGACGCGCCCAUAGCGCCCGCGGCGACGCGCUACGUCGAGAAGCGGCACACGAUCAAGAUCGGCCGGCCGGGCUACAAGGUCACGAAGAGCCGCGACGCGGCGACGUCGCAGCGCUGCCUGCUCUUCGAGGUCGACUACCCCGAGGCCGACGACGCGAGCCAGCCGCGGCACCGCUUCAUGUCCGCCUACGAGCAGCGCGUCGAGCCGCCGGACAAGGCGUACCAGUACCUCCUCUUCGCCUGCGAGCCCUACGAGACCAUCGGCUUCAAGAUCCCCAACCACGACGUCGACAAGGACCAGGGCCGCUUCUUCACGAACUGGGACGUCGUCGGCAAGAAGUUCACGCUCUCCCUCCAGUUCGACGACGACGCGAAACCGGCGCCGGCCCAGGCCGCGUCCGCCGGCCGCCACCGCGCGGACCUCACCUACGAGGCGCGCUACUAG